AGGCGGACGGAACCACCGUGCAGGGUGGGGGGAGGUAACGGGACGGGCGCAACCAUGGCGCGGUGAGGCCGCGGGUGGGAUCGGUCCGGGGAGGCCUGGGCCCGCUGGCUUGGGCGCUGUCGCCGCCGCCCCCUCUCGCCGCCGCCGCCGCCGCCGCCCCGGGCAUGUCGUCCAACUGCACCAGCACCACGGCGGUGGCGGUGGCGCCGCUCAGCGCCAGCAAGACCAAGACCAAGAAGAAGCAUUUCGUGUGCCAGAAAGUGAAGCUAUUCCGUGCCAGCGAGCCGAUCCUCAGCGUGCUGAUGUGGGGGGUGAACCACACGAUCAAUGAGCUGAGCAAUGUCCCUGUCCCUGUCAUGCUCAUGCCAGAUGACUUCAAAGCCUACAGCAAGAUCAAGGUGGACAAUCACCUCUUCAAUAAGGAGAACCUCCCCAGCCGCUUCAAGUUCAAGGAGUACUGCCCCAUGGUGUUCCGCAACCUCCGAGAGCGCUUUGGCAUCGAUGACCAGGACUACCAGAACUCGGUGACACGCAGCGCCCCCAUCAACAGUGACAGUCAGGGCCGGUGUGGCACGCGUUUCCUCACCACCUACGACCGGCGCUUCGUCAUCAAGACCGUCUCCAGUGAGGACGUGGCCGAGAUGCACAACAUCCUGAAGAAGUACCACCAGUUCAUUGUGGAGUGUCACGGCAGCACCCUCUUGCCGCAGUUCCUGGGCAUGUACCGCCUGACCGUGGACGGCGUGGAGACCUACAUGGUGGUCACCAGGAACGUGUUCAGCCACCGGCUCACUGUCCACCGCAAGUACGACCUCAAGGGCUCUACUGUCGCCAGAGAAGCAAGUGACAAGGAGAAGGCCAAGGACUUGCCCACAUUCAAAGACAACGACUUCCUCAACGAGGGGCAAAAGCUGCACGUGGGAGAGGAGAGUAAAAAGAACUUCCUGGAAAAGCUGAAGCGGGACGUGGAGUUCCUGGCGCAGCUGAAGAUUAUGGACUACAGCCUGCUGGUGGGCAUCCACGACGUGGAGCGCGCCGAGCAGGAGGAGGUGGAGGUGGAGGAGCGGGCGGAGGACGAGGAGUGUGAGGACGGUGCUGGCGGCCUGCUCUGCUCCUACGGGACGCCGCCCGACAGCCCCGGCAACCUGCUCGGCUGCCCCCGCUUCUUCGGGCCUGGGGAGUUUGACCCCUCGGUUGACGUCUACGCCAUGAAGAGCCACGAAAGUGCCCCCAAGAAGGAGGUUUAUUUCAUGGCCAUCAUUGACAUCCUCACGCCGUACGAUGCCAAGAAGAAAGCCGCACAUGCUGCCAAAACGGUGAAGCACGGGGCGGGGGCCGAGAUCUCGACUGUGAACCCCGAGCAGUAUUCCAAACGCUUCAACGAGUUCAUGUCCAACAUCCUGACGUAGUUACCUGAGACUUUGGCCGGAGGGAGCCCGAGCGAGCAUGGAGUUGGGGCUGGGAGAGGGCGAGGGCCAGGUGUCUGGGGCGCAGGGAGGGUGGGGCAGAGGGGUAACACUGCAGCCUGUGACACUGCUCUAGCCAGGGAGGAGGGGCAGCGUGUGCUCAACGUGCACGAGUGGCCCUUACCUUCUGCUAACCCUCAAUUUGCCCAUUUUCGUACCUUGUCACCUUUAAAGACACCUUGGGCUAGAGUGACUUGGGGGUUUAUCUGGGUUUUGAUUCUGAAGUGUGGCUGCUCCAGGUUGCUCCUAAUCAUGAUCUGUGUCAUCACCCGGGCCAGCCCCCAGCCCAUCCGCCCGCCCUCUCCCCUUCUGUCAGUCACCCAGCAGCCCAGCACAAGGCCCCUCAGCCACCUUGGCCCUGCUGCCAUCCAUUGUACCCAGACUAGCUCUGAUGUUACGGAGUACCGUGGGUCAUUUUACCGCCCCGCUCUGCAUUCAGGUGAAAUGCUCAGUCUUUACUCCUCCACCUUCCUCCAGGGCUGUCCUCCCCAGGGGCAGGCACUUCCGGGGGGUGGGCGUCUCAGCACCAUGAACAUCAUUCACACUCAGGGUCGCUGGGCCCUGGAGCUGGGACGUCCUCGCCAUGGAGCCUAUCUGCCACCGGCUCUAAGGACUGGAAAGCACCUUCGGCUGGAGGGACCCUGGUGUCUAAAUGCUGCCCCUGUGGCAAACCCCAGAAACUGACCGCAUCAAGUGAGGUUUUGUGUGUACCUCCUUCCCUUCCUCAUGACCUUGGUGCCCUGCCCGGUGGCCGGAGCUCCAAGCGCUGGGUGCUCUUUGCAGACACCUCGUCAGGCCCCAGGCUUCCGAGUCCGAGGUUUCUCACCUGGACAGUUACAGCAACAAGUCCUCGCCUUGGGUGUGGCGGCCAAGCCUGGGGUCGCUUCUGAGUCACUCGAGGUCUGACUUGGGGUCUGACCCCACCCAGCCCCUCACCCCAGACUGUGGCUUCCUGGGAGGGAAGAGUGGGAUCGCGAGUCCCUUCAGGGUUCCCAUCCUCGGAGCCCCGGCCCUCAGAACAGAGCCUGUUGUCCUGCUGCAGUUGGAGUAGCCAGUCUGCUCAGAGAAGUGACAUUGCCCCAGCCCCACACUGGAACCGGGGCCUCGCGAGAGGGGGUGACACUGAUGGGUGACCCAGAGGGGUACAGUCAGCACUGGAAGGGACAGGCCCCAACUGGCCCGCUCUGCCUGCUGCAGCAGCUGUGUCCUGCCCACCUGGCCCAUAGGUGGCCAGGACCUUGCUGGACUGCAGGACUAGGGGGACCCCGUCCGCCCUCCCCAGAAUGGGCAAAGGCCAGACCACUGCCCUGGCUCCAGGGAGGACAGAGGUGGCUCUGAGUGACGACUGCAGAAGCACUUGGAACCACUCGGCCCAUGGAGAAGAGAAUCACAUAGGAAGAAUGUUUGGACUCGGUUUCCCCACCUCAUAACCAAGAGUGAAAUUGGGAGCCAGGGAUUUAGCUCAGUGGUUCUGCCGACUGCCUGGCAAGUGCAAGGUCCCGAGUUCAAUCCCUGGCACCAAAAAAAAGAGUGAAAUUGAUCUGCUCCCCACCAGGCCCUGCUGCCUCCGGCCCCAGUCACAUGACCAUACUGUGUCCCGGGUGUCAGGUGCCUGCCGCUACGUGACUGCCAGGUAUCUAACUUGUUUAACAUGGAGUUUUUGUGGAUUUUUUUUUUUGUAUAUUGUUUACAUUUUGAGAGGUAGCAUUCUGUUUCAAAUGCUCUUUUUGUUUUUCUGACAGUAUUGUUGAUCAGGUUGAGACAUUUGAGCUGUGGUUUGGUGGAUUUUAGAUUUUUUUUUAAAAGGUCAUUCUUCGUGCUAUCUUCAAAACCUUGGGUCUGGCCCGCUAAUUCCUUUUGGCAUCCAGAUGUUUAAAAACUAUUUAUCUUGAUUUACACAAGUUUUCUCUCUCUGUUUUGAUGAUAAACAUGUUCUGUUUGGCUUGUGGUCUGAAAGAGAACUAAUCCCUACCUUUCUGGCUCCCUCCUCUCUCCAAGUCCUACAACCCCUUCCUGGUCAUCCCAGAAUGCUUCAGGCUCUCCAGAACAGGGGUGCCGGGCCAGGGCACGGCCGAGGACUGAGGCCAAGGCGGGCAUGAGCGGGUUCCGCUCCGUACCCUCACUUUGCCACUGACAGGGCAUCCGGUCACAGCUUUUCCGGUCUGCAGACCCCUGGCGGAUAGCCCGGCCUGUGUUCCACUAAUAAACCACUGGUCUCUGCGUCCCCACACAGGCUCCUUCCUGUGCCCUGGGGUGGGGCCCGGGCAGCCAGGCGGCCAGCAGUUCCGGGGGCAGCGCUGUCCUCGUCUAGCUCAGGGUUACUGGUCUGUGGCCGGCACCAUGAGUGGCACUCCAGUUCCCACCACAGGCAGCUCCUCCUCCUCACCCUUUCCUCCACCGCUCCCUGUGCUCCAGGCCCACACAGGCCUUGGGCUCAGCCGGCCAGGCCUGCCCGAGGGAGGUGACCAAAGACCCAGGCCUUUCUCAGUAGCCAGUCCCACCCCAGUUGUCUUCUUAGUGAUUCAGAAGAGAUGGAUGUCGGCACCCCCUGCAUUUGAGCUGCUCAAGUGUGGGGGCCAGAGGGACCCUCAGAGCUCUGGCCCCUGACUUGGGGCUCCCCUAAGUCUUGAGACUUCUCCUCUUCAUGGCAGCAGUGAGGGAGGGGGUCCUCAAAGAGAAACAUCUGGACAGCACCCCCAGUCUGCCAGUGUCUGCACGAGAGUGACGUGGCCCAGCCGUCCUCUAGAUGUGCCACACAGCAAGGGUGUCCUCACGGGGAAUGGAGACUCAGCCACUCAGCCAGCUCCACAGGGUGCGCUGAGACGCCGGAGGGAGGCUGGGGAGGAAGCUUCUAGACGUGGCCUUGCCCUGCCGCAGCCUUUGGGGAGCCCAUGCUGCUCAGCACCCCAAGCACGGGGUCUGAUCAUCAUGAACAAAGUUCCUGGUCAUGCUCUGGGGGGCAGGAGAAGCCACCACCCAGCACGUGUGACCUCUCAGUUUCCCACUGCAAGUUCCAUUUUUUAAAUAGGAAUUUUCAGCCCCCUGUGCUUGUCUAAUGUCUGCUCUGAACAGUUCGAGACCCUGUUCCUGUUUUAAACUGCAUGCAUGUUAAGAUGCCUCUCCAACCUGAGGGAAAAUAAACCGUAAAAGCUUUGUGUA